AUGGCGCACCACAUCGGACUUCUUUGGGUCGAUGAAAAGGAUGAGAGGGACAACGCGCAGCACGUGCAGCGGUAUGUUUACCGAGCCUUACGUCCGGAUGAGGACGUCAUGGCAGGGCUGAGGGCACGGGAUCCUGCUGCCAAGCGCACUGUCGUGCAGGCCCUGCAAGAAGGGGCAGUUGCGAAUCAGUUCUUGCACACAACAGUGUCACCAGAAGUGGCGCUUUACUACGCUGAAGCGGAUUCCAAGAACUCGAAGCAGCAAGUCGUGGAGAUCGACUUGGAAUAUUUCGAUGGUGAAGUCAUCGAUGUGUCAACCCCACAUGGUUGCAGCUGUCUUGACAUCCUGCCUGGCAGCAAGGCAUCUAAUUUUGCUGUCAAGCACGGAGUUGUGAUGCUCAAGGGCUACGUCCAGCCCUCGCGGCUCGGUAAAGUCUUGAGCACAGCGGCACUUCGUCUGGAUGUGACCGGUCAGCGGUCCUUGGAGGGGUUCUUUUCAGCGCUGCCGGAAAUGGUGCGUCGCGAAGUUAAAGGCUACUGGAGAACGGACCCAAACGGCACCAGAUGCCGAAAACCAGAGGACCAAGAAUCACCGGACCAAGUGUGGCGCGACGAUGCUGCCCAGAGGCUGGUUUUGAAGAGGGCAUCUGAGAAGCUGUUGCAGGAAAUACGGGAACUCCAGGCGAGACGGGCUCUUAUCGAUGCACAGUCCCAGCAGAUUCAAGAUAGGGAGGACAGAGAAGCCCGUUUGAAAGAAGAAGCGCGAUUGCGAAAGCUUGAGGAAGAAAGGUGCGAACGAGAGCGGCGAGAGGAGAUCAGGAAGCGCAAGCAAGAGAAAGAGCAUGCAAAAAAGAAACAUCAGGCGGAGGAGAGGCGAGGGCCGAAAGUUUGGGCAGCGCUGUCUGCGAAUCAGAAGCAUCUUCUUGAGGUCUAUAACAGGGAAGCACUGCAGGUGGCUCUUGGUAACGACAGCUACAUUGCUCUGUGGGACUAUGCCAAGGGCCAUGUUUGGUUCAACAUCCCAAGAUCACUGGAAAAUAAGCUCAACGGCCGGGGCUAUCAUCAGUCGCAUGCAACAAUGGCUGCGCUUAGCCCAGAUUCGGAAGACUACUAUGUGAAGUUCAGCGACGGUUCCGCAAAAUGGUCUGGCCCUGAGAGCUUCCUGGAGGCUUUGGCAGAUGACGGGCAUCUGUCUGUCGUUGCAUUUGGCGAGAGGGGCUCAUGGUUUGCAGGUUGGCCCGACGGUAGCUGGAAGACUCACAGUCUGCCAAGAAGUCUUCGCAACAUGUUGGACUCCAACAGACACAGGACUAUUGCCCUGCUGAGUAUCUCCGGCACAAGUGCUUUCCAAGACUACGACGAGGCAGCAUGGUUCAUCCACUGGGGAGAUAGUCAACAUCCCCCUUGGAAGCUGACCAACCCACCCUCGGCUCUGUCUGAAAAAGUACAAGAGGUUCAGGAGCAAUAUGGCACUGUGCGGAGCAUCGAAUUCGGAAGCUAUGGCGAAUGGAUCCUCCGCUGGACCGCUUGUGCCUAA